ACAACACUGCGACAUUCCUAACCUUAGUAUAUUUUAAAUAUUUCUAUGCGCGCCUUUUUUCGUCCAGCAAAGAUUUGUGAUACAAAGUUGAAUUUAUAUAUUUUAUUGCAAUGUCGGCCACCGAUCGUGUUGUAGUUUUAGUGGAUAUGGAUUGUUUUUAUUGUCAAGUUGAACAAAAGUUAGAUCCUAGUCUUGUUGGAAAGCCUUUAGCAGUGGUCCAGUACAAUGCAUGGAAAGGUGGAGGUUUAAUAGCAGUGAAUUAUGAAGCAAGGGCUAAGGGGGUAACAAGACACAUGAGAGGGAAUGACGCAAAAGCAAAGUGUCCUGAAAUCGAACUUGCAAGGGUUCCUACAGUCAGAGGGAAAGCUGAUUUAACUAGGUACAGAGAAGCAGGGAAAAGGGUGGCAGAAGUUUUACAGACUUUUACUCCUCUUUUGGAGAGAGCUUCAGUUGAUGAAGCAUAUCUUGAUAUCACAGAUUCUGUUAAUGCAAGACUAGAAAUGUGUAUUAAACCUGAGCAGUUACAAAAUACACAUGUUGUUGGUUUUGAUAGUGUGGCAGAUUUCUUGAACGAAAUUAAUUGCGAUCGUUAUUUAAAUGAUAGUAAUGUUAAAUUAGCUGUUGGUGGUGUUAUUACUGAAGAAAUUCGUGCUGCAGUUUAUUCACAAACUGGGUACAGAUGUUCUGCUGGAGUUGGCCACAACAAAAUUUUAGCCAAACUAACUGCAGGUCUCCACAAACCGAACAAACAAACAAUUCUUCCACAUGAAAGCAUUCAGAAAUUAUAUGAGAAUUUAUCAAUUAAAAAGAUUCGGUCUAUGGGUGGUAAAUUUGGGAAUGAAGUUAUGGAAAAAUUGCAUGUAUCUGUCAUGGCAGAUCUUAUUAAAUUUUCAGAGAAGGAGUUACAACAACACUUCGAAGAAAAAACUGCUAAUUGGUUGUUUAACAUCGCAAGAGGAAUCAAUCUAGAUCCUGUAACAGUUCGCUUAGUUUCAAAAUCCAUCGGUUGCUGCAAACGUUUCCCCGGUCGCGGAGCACUGCGAACUGAAAAAAAUGUUCGUCAUUGGACCAGCGAAUUAUCUAUUGAAAUUGCAGAACGCAUUGAGAAGGAUAUUGAGGAGAACAACAGAAAACCAAAACAACUAAUCGUCAGUUACACGCAACAAGUUGGAAGGAAAGAUGUAGCCAGCACCCGAAGGCUUGCGUUAAACACAGUUGAACAAGAGAAAAUCUAUCAAGAAGCAUAUGAAACUGUAAGGAAGAAUUGCCAAAAAACCGAUGGCAGCUUUGGUAUUAAAUUUCUAGGUUUGAAUGUUGGUAAAUUUGAAGAUAUUAAGAAUGUUACCGAAAUUACUUCGUUCUUUAAAAGCGCUCCUAAACGGGUUUCGAAUGGAUCGGUCGAUGCGAAUAAAAGUAUUGGCGGGAAUACGAGUAGUAAAAUUAAUGAUGAUUUAGAUCAAUUGUCGAGAGAACUCCACGCGGUAGUUCAAGCAAAUCUAGAUUUGAAUCAAUCGUUUGGCGAAAAUAGCUUAAAAGUUACGAAUAAAAACUCGAACGAUAACAAUUUUGAUUCUGCUUCAACAUCUUCAAGUAAAUUAGAAGAAGUUGACGAUGAUGAUUCAGAAGCUGAAUUAGAAUCUAUUAACGUAUCUCAUACUGAAGCUAAUACUUCAAGUGCAAGUAUAGCAGGAAAGAAUUCAUUCUUUCAUGGUUUUUUAAAUCGUGCUGAUGUCCCUAAACGUGAUUUUAAUACUUCUGCAAUAUUAGAUGAAGUUAUUGAUGAUGAUAAAACUGUUAAUGAAGAAAAGGUGGUAGAGGAAACAAAUCAAGUUGAUACAGAUCCCGUUAGUCCAAUAAUUGCUCAUAAAACAAUCAAGCCUGUGACUCGAAAACCAAGAAUUUUAAGCAUGUUUUCAAAUAACUCUCCCACAACAAGUAGAGCAUUACAAAUAACCGAUGAUAAUAAAGAAUUGUGUCCUGAAUGCAAUAAAUUAAUUCCAGUAGAGAACAUUGUUUCUCAUUUGGAUUAUCAUUUUGCAAUAAAAAUGGUUAGAGAUGAAGCGCACUUAUACAAAAUGCCUAAAAAUACUAACAAUGAAAAUACAUUAGUUGAAGAGAGUAAAACUCAUGAUAAAUCUCAAAACAUUUUCACAAAAAUGAGGAGUAAGGAAGUGCAAAAGCCAAAAGUGGUGAAAAAUAGCAACAACAAUAAUAGUUCCACAAGAAAACGAAAAAGUAGCGAACUUGAUCGAACUGAUAUAACAAAAUUUUUCACAUCAGCACGAAAUGAUGGUGAAACUGAUGAACACUCUGAGGUUUGUCCAGAUUGCUGCAAGCGAAUCAAAAUGGAUGACAUAGCUAGUCAUCUUGAUUAUCAUGUGGCAAAAAAGUUGCACCAACAGAUUAAUCAAAUGAAUGUAUUAAGUGAAGCAAAGGUGAUUAGCAGAAAUUGUGAUAAAAGUAUUAAAAAUACUAAGAGUAGUGAAGGAAAGGGAGCAAUCACUACAUAUUUUAAGAAAGUUUAGUGUUAAGUUUUAUAUUUUUUAAAUGUUUUACAAUCGAGCACGCCAAGUUAUUUUUUUAAGCAACUUUAUAAAUUGGCAAAUGAUUACAAGACAAAAA